AUGCUCCCCGUUGGCAAAAGAUUCCAGACAGGUCUUCUAUCAAAUGUUCGUCAGCUCGCUUACACAAGCCGACUUCCCACCAGCUCGGGCGUUAAUUUCUCUCAGCUUCUACACUGCACCGUGCUCACGACGCCGACGCCCCAGACGGCCCAUGAGGUUCAAUACAUCCACCAGCAGCUUAAAGCGCUUGUGGAAAGCGACGCUAGCUUAGCUAAUACAAAGAUGGUUCAUUUUCUGAACGCACCUACGCGCGGAAAGCCUUCUUUCUACAACGAGGUGAUUUUCCACUCAAACAACGUCGAGGAAUUGGCGUUGUUACGAAACAAACUAGCACCGAUUAUCGGACUUCUCAGAUUGAGAACCUGGGACUAUGUGACCGACAGACAGACCAAACUUACUACGAAACUGGACCGCACCCAGAGACCAAAUGAAUUAACGGCGCCCUCUGCGUUCGGGUUGAGUUUUCCGUUCAAGGAGCGGAAAUAUGGCUUUUUGUACAGUCACCUCCAGAUUUCCGAAGCCACAAUGGACGAUCCGUUCUACCACCUAGAAACUGGUCCACAUAUUUCAAAGUUGACCAAAACCGAGUUCAUAGCUCCCCGACACUUUAACUAUGACAAAGCCUUCCAGGUGAACCUCGAAGAGCGCGAGGAUACGCUCAAGACGUUGCAAUUAUUGCAGCUUCUUCCCGAGAGUCACGAGCUAGAACAUACAAAAGAAGAGGUACAAAAGGACUUUGCUGCCAUUUUCCAGGGCUUUACAGGAUUCAACGCUAGUGCCAAAAAUACUACCCCGCCAUCUACAACUGACACUAUGGACUAUCUCUUUGCAGCAGACCGCGGGGAAAUGCUACCUAAUGAGGCCCCACAGCCACCACACAAGAAAGACGUGAAAAAGAUAAAUAAAGACCGCGUUAAGAAUGCGUUAAUGAAGAAGUUUCUGCGCUGA